UAAAUCCACAGUACCCGUCGCUUCAAAUCAUUUCGCUAGUGACAGCAUUACUUUGCGCGUUCGACCUUCGUGUACUAUUGUAUAAUAAAAUAUAUCGCCAAAAUGCGAGAAAUCGUCCACAUCCAAGCAGGCCAGUGCGGAAACCAGAUCGGAGCUAAGUUCUGGGAAGUCAUUUCUGACGAACAUGGAAUCGAUCCAACUGGUACCUACCACGGAGACAGCGAUCUUCAACUUGAAAGAAUAAACGUUUAUUAUAAUGAAGCCACCGGCGGCAAAUACGUCCCAAGAGCUGUCUUGGUCGAUCUUGAACCAGGUACCAUGGACUCCGUCCGAUCUGGUCCAUUCGGUCAAAUUUUCAGACCAGAUAACUUUGUUUUCGGCCAAAGCGGAGCCGGUAACAACUGGGCCAAAGGUCACUACACAGAAGGAGCUGAGCUCGUAGACUCAGUUUUGGACGUCGUCCGCAAAGAAGCCGAGAGCUGCGAUUGUCUCCAAGGUUUCCAACUCACACACUCCCUUGGUGGUGGUACCGGAUCUGGAAUGGGUACACUCCUUAUUAGCAAAAUCCGUGAGGAAUACCCAGACAGAAUCAUGAACACUUUCAGCGUUGUGCCAUCACCAAAAGUGUCUGACACAGUUGUUGAACCAUACAACGCAACCCUUUCCGUCCAUCAAUUGGUUGAAAACACCGAUGAAACAUACUGUAUUGAUAACGAAGCUUUGUACGACAUCUGCUUCCGCACAUUGAAACUCACCACACCAACAUACGGAGAUCUUAACCAUCUCGUCUCUGCAACAAUGAGCGGUGUCACCACAUGCCUCCGAUUCCCAGGUCAGCUCAACGCCGAUUUGAGGAAACUCGCCGUCAACAUGGUUCCCUUCCCACGUCUCCAUUUCUUCAUGCCCGGAUUCGCUCCACUCACCAGCAGAGGCAGCCAGCAAUACCGUGCACUCACAGUCCCAGAGCUGACCCAACAAAUGUUCGACGCCAAAAACAUGAUGGCCGCUUGCGAUCCACGUCACGGACGUUACCUCACAGUCGCCGCCAUGUUCCGUGGACGUAUGUCCAUGAAGGAAGUCGACGAACAAAUGCUCAACGUACAAAACAAGAACAGCUCUUACUUCGUCGAAUGGAUCCCCAACAACGUCAAGACCGCCGUUUGCGACAUCCCACCAAGAGGAUUGAAAAUGUCCGCCACUUUCAUCGGAAACAGCACAGCUAUCCAGGAAUUGUUCAAGCGUAUCUCCGAACAAUUCACCGCUAUGUUCAGACGUAAGGCUUUCUUGCAUUGGUACACUGGUGAAGGUAUGGACGAGAUGGAAUUCACUGAAGCCGAAAGCAACAUGAACGAUUUGGUCAGCGAAUACCAACAAUACCAAGAUGCCACCGCAGAGGAAGAAGGUGAAUUUGACGAAGAGGAGGAAGAUGAAGAAAACGCAUAAGUUCAUCGCUCAAUUUUCUCAAAUAUUUGUCCAAUCCCUUUCUCUUUUUGUCUACUUUCAUUCCGCCUUUUUGGCCAAAAUUUUAUAUUCUCAUUUUUUGUAAUAUCCUAAAUAUUACAGAAGAUUUGACUAUAAUAUUUUGCUCAAAUUUCAUAAACAUUCAACAACCAUUCCAUUUAUUUCGUACUCCUUCAAAUACUGUGUAAUCCGUUUCUUCAGACCGAUUAAUAUAUUUUUGUACUCAAUACCACACUUUAAUACAAGAACCGCCUUCACCGAUACUCUUGUAUUAGUGAAUGUUUAAGAAUAAAACACACUUGGCACAGGAAAAUUCA